CCCACCCCUUCACCCAUGAUAUGGCUAUUACAGUUGAUCAAAUCCGGGACAAACUUAUCAAGGAGCUUGCGGCAGUACACGUGGAUGUGGAGGAUACAUCGCCCAACAGAUGUGCUGCCAGCUACAAAGUCCUGGUGGUGUCGUCCCAGUUCGAGGGCAAACCACUGUUACAAAGACACAGGCUGGUGAACACAUGCCUAGCCGAGGAGCUGAAAGAGAUCCACGCUUUUGAACAGAAAACCCUCACACCAGAACAGUGGGAGAAACAGAAAUCACAAUGAAACACACACACACACACACACACACACACACACACACACACACACACACACACACACACACACACACACCUUAUAUUACACUCACAACAGUUUGAAAGUGCUACUAUAAAACAGGCCUUAUACUUCUCUGAUAUGUAUAAAUAAUACAUACUCUCUGUAAAUCAGAAAUAUUGAUUUUAAAUGCAUUGAAAUGUUCUGGUGGCAAUUAAAACACUUGGAUACUGUA